GAACGAGACGAGAAGCGAUAUACGUCAUUCUCGGAACUGCUCUACAAACAUCAUUUCGCGCCGAGUCGCCAACGUCGUGCGUAGAUCUGUCGUGGCAUAUUAUAGUUAACUUCAUUUUAACCAUUUUUCAGUCUGUUGGCGGUGAGUUACGAUACGGAUUGUGUGUAGCAGUGAUCGUCUCUUCGACUGGUGCCCCCCGCGGUGAUUAGCCGUUGUGAGUCCCCAUCGCACACUGCGUGGUGAAGAUGCCGGGCUGGACCAUCUUACUGCUCGGUUGCUUGACUGUGGUAAUAUCCCUGUCUUCAGGCCAGUCAGCUGUAACUACAGCCAGUGAUGGCACUGGAGGAGCCACCACAGAGCCUAAUGUUCUUACAGAAGCAUCAGCGAGGACAUCAGACAAUAGCUCUGUCACCAGCCACUCUAAUACUUCAACAAAUGAACCUGGCCAAAACACCAGUUCCAGUACAAGCAUGACCAUGCCUGUGAGUGAACCAACAAUUGCUGUUACCAGCUCACCAGGCAAUGACUCCUCUGGCAAGUCCCUUGCAUGGACACAGGAUAACACCACUGUGGUAGCCCCCAUCACCUUACCUGCUCAAACCAUCAGCGGCAAUUCCACCACGAAAGACAAUCAAACAGAAUUAGAAAGCAACUCAACUUAUGUCAGUUACAAUUUAUCUACUACAGCCAUCAUGGAUUCUAAUAUUCCAGGAAAUACUUCAGUGACAUCAACAGCACCUCCAGGAACCACAGAAAAUGGAACAGCAGGAAUGAAUUUGUCUGGGACAACAGUUGCUCGAGCAGAUACAACCACAGAAAAUAGUACAACAGGAAUAAAUGUAACGUUGGCCAAUGUUCCUGGAGCAGAUAAAACAACAGGUUCAAUGGAGAUAAAUGUGACUGGGACAACAUUUGCUCGAGCAGAUACAACCACAGAAAAUAGUACAACAGGAAUAAAUGUAACGUUGGCAAAUGUUCCUGGAGCAGAUAAAACAACAGGUUCAAUGGAAAUAAAUGUGACUGGGACAACAUUUGCUCAAGCAGAUACAACCACAGAAAAUAGUACAACAGGAAUAGAUGUGAGCACUAUGCCUGUCACCACCCUUGAUACAUCCACAGAAAAUGGAACUACACAAAUUGCAGGGAUGAAUGUAACAAGUGCACCAGAACAUGGGAUGAAUGGAACUACAACACCUGAAAUAAAUGUAACCACAGGAACCGUGAUAGAUACCACCCCAGCUAAUGAAACCACUGGGAAUGAAACCACAGCAGAACCACCAUCACACGGAACAACUAAUGCAACAGCAGUCACUGAUGAAACUUCAGAGGUUGGAACCAAUAUGUCUUCAACAACUGUGGUGGUCCCAAUUACAUCUUCUGAGCUAAACACAUCAACAGUUACACCUUCAGUGUCACCUGGAAAUGAAAGCACCUCCACAACACCACGGGACAAGAAUGACACCCUUGUGAUUACCACAGUGAUGCCUGAUACCGUCAGUAAUCAAACAGGUAAUCCUGACAGCAGCGUGAAACCAAAUGAGACAUCAAGUACAACUCAUCGAGUUACUACUGUACCAAACCAUACAUCAUCAAGUAAUGGUAGUAAGGAGGAAGUAAAUGAUACAGCCACCACACCAGUCAUGAUGUCCACCAGCAUAGGGUCAGACGGCCAGUCUACGUCCAGUACCCCACUCGCUAGCACUACUACCAACACAACAGGAGCACAACUACAUCACCCCAAAGGCAUCUCGGAGGGCGGAAAGGUGGCCCUAGGCAUACUGAUACCUCUGGCUCUCAUCCUAUUCUUGGCCUUAGGGGUGUUUUUCUGGUGGAGAAGGAAAAAGUAUUCUGGCAGUCUGAAGUUCCUAACCCUGGAUGGUAUGGGGACGGGAUUUCAAUACUCAUACCAGAACGCCAGUUUUGUGGAGCCAGAUGAUGACAGGGAUCCUGAGACUACCAAUAUUUUGAAGAGAUAGCAGCGCAUUGAUUGUUGAAGAAAUACAAGUGGCCACUCAGUUAAACAUGGUUGUAAAUUGUUAUGUUAUAAUUAAAAGUGCCAUUGGUUGAUAUCUCUCUCGUCAUCUUGACAAGGCCAUUCUUCAGUUAUCUCUGCUGUGAUUUGGUGUGGAGAGUGACGUGUACUCAGCACCUGGCCUUUAGUACACUCUGAUACACGCACUGAUAAACACGGCGUGUCGAAAGUUGAAUCUCAAUUAGGCCAUGAGACUCUUGUUCAGUAAGGUCAAUUGUUAUGUGUCUAAUAUUUUUGAACAUACUCUGAUUUGGUGAGUUUGAAGGACAGGAAAAUUGGAUUGAUUAGACUAGCUGUAUACCACGGUAUAGUCAUGCAGUUCAUAUAGCUGGCAGCAGGAGGAUGGCAGCAAGAAGCUGAGUCCUGAAUUAGAUGGCACAUUUCGCAUGAUGUCUAUAAUUAUCAUAACAUCCCACUUUGAUUAACGAAGCCUGUUGUCUCAAGGCAGUCUUCUGUCUAAAUUCUGUAUUACAAGGUGUCAUGGUCCAUUGAAUCCCCACAUAUUAGCAACCACUCAAAUAAAUUCUUCCAAGUGCUUCUGAUUCUGUUCAUAAUAAAGACAUCAUAUGCAUCUUUACCAGAACACCCACAGACUUCAUAAUAUAGCCAAUAUUCCAAAAGACAAAUGACCUCCACUUCACAGGUAAUCUGCGUCCUCAUCCAGAUGUCUGUCCUACCUCGCUAGGAAACUGAUCAGCUAACAACUCACCUGCUCACAGUAACAUCCAUCUCAUCUGUAAAAUACAUCUCCUGACCUCUCCAUGCCUUCGAGUCUCUGCAAAAUAACAAGCCAUCUGUUCUGCAAUCCAUCUCGAUUGUAAACAAGCCUCUUCCAUUGCAGGCAUUCAACAACCUCUUUUUAAUGACUUGCCCACCUUACUACAUGUAUAAACAAAUCUUCUUGUUUAUGGCAAGCCUACCUUGUUAAACAAAUUCACCUUAAUGCUAAAACAAACCCACUUCCUUUCAGACCUUAAGUGUUAAACAAAAUCCUUUUUGCUAGACUAACUCUUGUUCUUUCCACUAAUGCAACCCCCUUUCUUCACUAGAAACAUCCUGUAAAGAGAACCCUUUUGCUGUCAACAUGAUCAUGCAUUCUCUACUCUGGACAACCCACCUCCUCCCAAGACAACCCACCUCCACUCUAGACAACCCACUUCCUCCCAAGACAACCCACCUCCUCCGAAUACAACCCACCUCGUCUCAAUACAACCCACCUCCUCCCAAGACAACCCACUUCCUUACAUGUGAUAUUUCAUGCAAUAUGCCUGCUUCAUGUCUCCACAAGAUCAGAACCCGAGAUCAGGUGUAUUGGUUAAGAUAUGCAAUGUGUAACGUAGCCUAUAGUAGAUGUGUGAGAUUGAAUCUCCUCCAGGGACCCUUACUUAUACAGUGUAUGUGUACAGCUGUUAGCUUUUGUGUAUGUACAUACAGGCAUAUUACAGUGUACAUUUGCAAACUAUUAAUGAGGGCAGUGUAUACAAACGACAAAAUCUGCGAGCAAUAAAUGUUUUUUCUUCACUGUUUUGAUCAUAUACAUGUACCUAUACACAUGGAGUAUUGACCAAAUGAAAUGUUUGUACAUUUUAUAGUACAUCUCAUAAGCAUCUGAUGAAACAGAACAGAUCUGAACAGUAAUCCUGUUGGUGUUUGUAUCCUGUAUGGGGAAUGCUUGCCAGAAUGUCACCUGUCUUUUAGGUCACUCUUGGCAUUAUGUUCAUAUACUUAGUGUGUGAGAUCAUGUAGAAUAUAUUACCUUUUUCUGACAGUCUGUAAGUUCAUUUUGUUUUUAGACCAGUUGGAGAGUUUUCAUGUUGGCAUGCCCGCAUUUUCAUUUCAGGUCAGAUUUUGUAUAUAAUGUAUGAAACUGUGGCCAUUCAGGGUACUAGAGACUGACCUGCACAUAUAACAUGAAUCACACAGCUUAACUAGUGGUUGUUCAGAGUAUUUAAGUAAUUGUCAGAUUUAUGUAACGGAAUGGUUGUUUAUGAUACAACAUUAAGUACAUAAGGUAUAAAAUGAUCUUGUACAUGUUCUAAAUAGUUGUUUAGGUUUUACAUGACUUUACUACAUAAGCUGGAUGAUUGUUAGGGCACUAAUUACUGACAUACAUAAUCUGGAUGGUUGUUAGGCACUAGUAACUGACUGACAUAAAGUGGAUGGUUGUUAGGGCACUGGUAACUAACAUACAUAAUGGAUGGUCAUUAGGGCAAUAGUAACUGACAUACAUAAGCUGGAUGGUUGUUAGGGCUCUAGUAACUGAUGUACACAAACUGGAUGGUUGUUAGGGCACUAGUAACUGACAUACAUAAGCUGGACGGUCGUUAGUGCAAUAGUAACUGAGAUUUACAUAUUCUGGAUGGUUGUUAGGGCUCAAGUAAAUGACAUACAUGAUCUGGAUGGUUGUUAGGGUACUAGUAACUGACAUACAUAACUGAAUGGUGGAUAGGUCACUAUACUAAAUAAGAUAUAUGUAAACUGGAUGGCUGUUAGGGCACCAAUAACUAACAUAUACAUGAACUGAAUAGUUGUCCAGGCCACUACUAACUGAUCUGUUCAUAUAUUCAUGCAGUUGUUUUUCAGGAUAUAUAUACAUUAAAAUUGUUUCAUGUAUCUUUGAUGAAUUGGUAUUAUAUUUACAUGCAAUUAAAAAAAUUGGUGCAAAAAUGUUAUAUCUUACUACUGUUAAUUGCAAGGUGCCAAUUGUUUCUUUCCUUUGCCCAAAAAUUAUUCUCUCAAUAUGGUCAGAUCUAUGUUAAAUGUCUGUCUGUAAACUACAUGUAGACUGUUUUUGUGGCUCUUGAUCCUAAUUUGUUACGCAACUGUUGACAUUUGAUAUUUGAACCAGGUGAGUGUAACCGUGGUUGUAGGUGUAAAUAGCAUAUAUGAAAACAUAACAAAGGUAAAGUAAAUAUUUAUGUUCUUGUAUCUAACCAAAGAUUGAUAUUCAGUCUAUUAUUUUUUUUUUUUUGUAAUAAUGUAUAAUUUACUGCAGUGGUCAACUAAGGAAAUAUGCCAUAUAUUUUCCUAAAUGUUUUAUAUGUGAACUUUGUCUGUUUUAUUGUGAAAUACAUGUACGUUUUUAUACAGAGUAGAAGGUAACUAUGUUAUGCUUACAUAAAUGUAAGGAGCUGCACUUCUAAGCAGAAUCCGCUGCAAAGUGUAGAGUGUAUAGGCUGAGGUGUAAAGUGUGCACAUGUUCAGAUAGAAAUUGUUAGAAAAUUUAUGAUGAAUAGAAAUGUUUUGUUUACCCAUUAUCAGAAAUGAGAUAUGUCUUCACGGUUAAUAAGGGAUAGCUCCAAAAUAAAUCCCAUAUUAAAUUAUUUCUGUAUCAUUGACGUGAAAUGCUGUAGGUGACAAACAAUCUUGUGUUAUGAAAGGACCACUUACUGUGUUUUACCUUGGUCUGAUGGAGGUUCGAGGGAGGAUAGAGAUCUUGUAGAUUAACUGUUCUAACUGCUAGUGACAUAGUGUAAUGAAAUUUAUUAGAAGUGUGUAUGAUAUGUUCAUGGCUCACACUAGAUCUGAAGGAAAGCAAAAAAUAUUUUUUAAUCACACAAAGGUGCAAAAUAUUUCUGUUUAACAAAUUGUCAUAUUGUUGGUGAAAUGUUUAUGUGCAUUAUUCAUUCAAUAUGAAUGGCAAACUUAUAAAAGAGGUCCAGUGUUAUUCACCAUCAGUGUUAUUCACCUCAGAGAGAAUAAAAACUUGAUAAAUUGAGCAGAUAUGUUGCAUGGAAUUAUGCUGAAGAAUUUGAAUGACAACAAUCAAGAUUCUAACUAUUCAUUAGCCACAACAAAUUCCCCCUGAAAAUAUCCAGCAAAACUGGCUAGAACAUGGUUAGCAUGUUCUCUUGAUGGCCAGAAAAAGUUUGAAAUAAUAACCAUAUUAAAUAUUGUUAUGAUAAAAUGCAGAUUGGUGAUCAUAAUUGCAAAUUGUUGUGUGGAGGUGGUGAUCAUUAUGAAUAUGAUGGCCAACUGUGACAUAUUUAUGUCAAUAAAGGCAAAGAGCACGAUGAAGAUAGAGAUAUUUUACCGUAAGAAGAAAAGGGAAGUUAUUAUGUGGACAUGUGAAAGUUACACAGUGAGGAUAACUGAGCUGUCAUAACGCGUGAAAGCGACAUGUACAGUGAGGAUAACUGAGCUGUCACAACGCGUGAAAGCGACAUGUACAGUGAGGAUAACUGAGCUGCCAUAACGCGUGAAAGCGACAUGUACAGUGAGGAUAACUGAGCUGUCAUAACGCGUGAAAGCGACGUACAGUGAGGAUAACUGAGCUGCCAUAACCCGUUAAAGCGACAUGUACAGUGAGGAUAACUGAGCUGUCAUAACGCGUGAAAGCGACAUGUACACUGAGGAUAACUGGGCAGUUGUAACACACGAAAGCAGUGUAGUGAGGAACACACAGCUGUGAUUACAAAUGAAAGUUGCUGAAGUCCUGACCACAGAACAGUGUUACAUGGAAGCGGUACACUUAAGCUGUACUUUUACCAUAAUGGCAAUUGAAGCAGUGGUAAAUUGGCACAGUGCGUGACAUUAGGCUAGUGGUAACUACAACGAUUUUGUAAGGAGAAAGUGUGCACAAUCUCUAAAAACAAGACGCAUAAACUGAUAUUUCAAGAGCAAUGAAUUUGUGAAAUGCACAUAAGUGGCUAAGAUCACAUUUUUGUUCAGCUAUGUUAAACUAUGACUGUUAUAAACAUAUACGUACAUUUUCAUUAGUGUUCCAUUUAAUCAUCACAUUUGACUGGUUAUAAUGUGAUUUUAUGGAAUGCCAUAUCAAUUGUGCCCAAUUUCUCAUUAUUGUUACCAGUAAUCAGACAUUUAUCAUGUAUUCAUAUCUUUUUUCCAUGCCAGUAAAUGUGUUAACACUCGAUAGUGUGUUUCUCUUUUAUUAUUGAAUCACUCUUAUUCCAUUUCAACCGGGUGGAUUUUAAACGCUAACGUAUCUGCAAUGGUGAUUUGGAG